UUUUCGAUGUACCUGACAGUUCUAUUUCUCUCAGCUUGGUGGAAUCGGAAAACCAAGAUCGCUAUCUUAAGUGUAGUUAUUUCAACUUUCAUAGGUUGGCCAUUUACAGCUUUGAUAAGUUUGCCAUUUUUAUACGAUGUAUUGGUUCGGAGAAGGAUGUUUAAAUCGUUUAUAUUUUGGAGUUUUUUCUUCACUAUACUAAUUGGCAUUCCGUUAGUUUUAGUUGAUUCCUAUUUUUAUGGUAGACUUACAUUCGCUCCAAUAAAUAUUCUUGUAUACAAUAUAUUUUCAUCGCAUGGUCCAAAUUUGUUCGGCAUUGAACCCAAAUAUUUUUACGUUAUUAAUUUGUUUUUAAACUUCAACAUCGCGUGGUGUUUUGCGUUAAUAUAUCCUUUGAUAAUUGUGGUAUUCAAAUCAAUACAUUAUUUAAAAUUGUGCAAAAGCUGCUUGGAAUUAGAGCCUUUUUGGAAGACAUCACCAUUAUUCAUAUGGCUAGUCGUUUUCACGCUACAGCCACAUAAAGAAGAAAGGUUCAUGUUUCCAGUCUAUCCGUUACUUUCGCUCUGCGGUGCAUUGUGUUGUUCAACAAUAGUGAAAUUGUUUUGUCACGGGCAACAUCUGAAACACAGUUUUAGCUUUAUGUAUAGUCGUCUAAUUUCAAGUCUGCUGAGUGUUUUUUUUUUACUAUUCAGUUUAUCAAGAAUAUUUGCCUUGUAUACAUACUAUCAUGCGCCUAUGGAAUUAACUGAACAAUUAGGUUCAACGUUAGUAGAGCAAAAUAUUUGUAUAGGAAAGGAUUGGUAUAGAUUCCCCGGUAGCUUUUUCUUGCCAGAUAAUUAUCAAUUAAGAUUCAUAGCAUCUUCUUUCGAUGGGAUACUACCAGCAUAUUACGAUGAAACGGAAAAAGGUUCACGAAUAGUACAUAGUUAUUUUAAUAAUUUAAAUAUAGCCCACCAUCAUAUGCUAUUCGAAAUUUCUAAAUGCGAUUAUUUGAUUGACCUAGAUUUAGACAAUGAAUACAUACCCGAUGAAAUUGAACCUAAUUAUUCAGCAAAUGGACAGUCGUGGAAAAUAAUCAAAAGCAUUCCAUUUUUGGAUACGAAUAAGUCCAGCAAAUUUUUCAGAUCAUUCUACAUCCCGUAUGCAAAUUCAAGAUUUAUACGAUUUGGUAACUUCAAUUUGUUAAAGCGAAUUAUGAAACUAUAAUACAUUCCCCGCGAGACAAACGAAAAAUUCAUGUUUUAUUGCAGCAUUUAACAUUACGUAAUGAUAGUGAGACGAAUGGUAAUGUUUUAUAUAUUAAAAUACAGCUCAAUCUACGCUCUGUACAAGAACCAGUUAGAAUAUGUCUUAGCAAUCUAGUACUGUAAAGCUACACAAAUCAUGUCUGAUGAUGCCCUAUGGCAUCGCGGGGAAUGGGUUAAUAAUAUUACUCACACAUUGCACGACAAAUUACACCAAAGUAUGCAAGUUGCUGCACAACCUUUUGGUAGUAUUGUUAUCUGUAUAGUCUUGAUGCCUUAAAUAAACAAUUAUGUAUGAGAAA